AUGCUAUUGAACAAUGUCUGUGAGACAUUCAAUGUUGUUAUAAGAGAUGCAAGGGACAAACCAAUACUCACUCAGAUGGAGUGGAUAAGAAGGAUUGAGUGGGCUGCAAGGCACUACAUAGAGCAGGUUUUAAGAGGAGACUCCUAUGAGGUUGAGCUCAAUGGUGAUACAGUUCUAGUUGACUUAGGUAAGAGGACUUGUACAUGUUACCAUUGGCAGUUAACUGGUAUUCCAUGUGUACAUGGGUUUGCAUGCAUAUUGGACAAGAGGGUGGACCCAGAAGACUUUGUGGAUGUGUAUUACACAAGGGACACAUAUAUGUAUGCAUAUGAGGAAGUUGUGAAGCCUAUGCCUGGACCCAAGCACUGGGAGAAGAAUCAUCUCAGAGAGCCCCUGCCUCUAACAGUAAGAGUUAUUCCUAGGAGGCCAAAGUAA